GGUGGCCACCGAAAUCCAGUUCAUCCAUGCCUAUUUCCUGUAAUGGACAAACUUGAUGCUAAUGUGAGUUCCAAGGAGGGCUUUGGGUCAGUGGAGAAGGUCGUGCUGCUCAUGUUUCUCUCAGCAGUCAUCCUGAUGGCCAUCCUGGGCAACCUGCUGGUGAUGGUGGCUGUGUGCAGGGAUAGGCAGCUCAGGAAAAUAAAGACCAAUUAUUUCAUUGUAUCUCUUGCCUUUGCUGACCUGCUGGUUUCAGUGCUGGUGAUGCCUUUUGGAGCCAUUGAGCUGGUUCAAGACAUCUGGAUUUAUGGGGAGAUGUUUUGCCUUGUCCGGACUUCUCUAGACGUUCUGCUCACAACAGCGUCAAUUUUUCACCUGUGCUGCAUUUCCCUGGAUAGGUAUUAUGCCAUCUGCUGCCAGCCUUUGGUUUAUAGGAAUAAGAUGACCCCUCUGCGUAUCGCACUAAUGCUGGGAGGCUGCUGGGUCAUCCCCAUGUUCAUCUCUUUUCUCCCAAUAAUGCAAGGCUGGAAUAACAUUGGAAUAGUUGAUUUGAUAGAAAAAAGGAAAUUCAAUCAGAACUCCAACUCUACAUACUGCAUCUUCAUGGUAAACAAGCCCUACGCCAUCACAUGCUCUGUGGUAGCCUUCUACAUCCCGUUUUUCCUCAUGGUGCUGGCCUAUUAUCGCAUCUAUGUCACGGCCAAGGAGCAUGCCCACCAGAUCCAGAUGUUACAACGGGCGGGCGGGGCAGGCGCCCCCUUGGAGGGCAGGCCCCAGCCGGCUGAGCAGCACAGCACUCAUCGCAUGAGGACAGAGACCAAAGCAGCCAAGACCCUGUGCAUCAUCAUGGGUUGCUUCUGCCUCUGCUGGGCUCCGUUUUUUGUCACCAACAUCGUGGAUCCUUUCAUAGACUACACUGUCCCUGGGCAGCUGUGGACUGCUUUUCUGUGGCUCGGCUAUAUCAAUUCCGGGUUGAACCCCUUUCUCUACGCCUUCUUGAAUAAGUCUUUUAGACGUGCCUUCCUAAUCAUUCUUUGCUGUGAUGAUGAACGCUACCGAAGACCUUCCAUUCUGGGCCAGACUAUCCCUUGUUCAACCACAACCAUUAAUGGAUCCACACAUGUACUAAGUGGCUGUUCCUCUAUCUCCAGCUUCCUCCUGCUCUUCUGCAGUAGACCGGUUCCUGUCUAACCCUGAACGUGCUCUGUACACAGUUCUGCACAGUGGGCACCACCAGGAGCUUGAGAAACUGCCCAUACACCAUGACCCAGAGUCCCUGGAGUCAUGCUUCUGAUCGAGGACGUGGCUUGGGACCUCAACCAUUCAUUUCCAUUCAUGUUUGCAUGAACAGGACACCCUGGCAUCACUCCUGGCACCACCACCAGUGAGGCACAAGGCACCUGGGCCCCAGGGCCUAGCGAAGGUACUUGGAGGAUAGAGCUGG